CGACAGACCACCACGACAUGACAGCGUCGCGGGGGCUAGAUGCCAAGGAAUACAACGCGACAAAGCAGGCUGUGCGACAGCUCAAGCUCCAAGUGACGGCUGGCAAUGACAAAGCGACGAGGGACGAGGUUGACGCGACCAUGUCGUGCCGUUUCUCCAAAUGCUUGCAAACAUGCCAGCACGAGAUGGAGGCUGCAUUAGCCGAACACACCGUGAUAGUUCGAACGUCCGGUAUUCGUCCAGGACGGGAAAACAUUCUCGUCGAGCACGUCGAAGCGAUUCGUGUGGCGCACGCGCAAGGCCUGGCGAAAGUUGCUGAGGCGUACAAAUCAAUGGACUUACAGUGGAAGGCUCAGCGUCACAAUGACAAUUUGUCCCAUCAAGUCGAGCUGGAGACCCUAGCAUUGCAAUUGGCUGAGCGGGAAAAGGACAUGGACCAGUCGCAGCAGAAAAUGGAGACGCAGCACUUUGAAGAGCUUGAAAGGCUCACUCACACGUUUGACGACAAAGUCGUCGAAAUCCAGAAGCUUUGCAACGAUAAGAUUGCACACACAAACGAAACUUGUGAAGCCACGAUCGCCGCAGUCCGAACCAAAAUGAAAGCGUGGAAACACGCGUUCGAAAUCAAGGUGAAGGACGCGGUUCAUGCAAAGAUCGAGCAUCUGAAGGUCCAGUCCGAGCACGAGCUCAAAGUGGUCAUGACUCAACUGGACAAGGAAGUACAUGCACUCAAGGUAGCACUGCACGAAUCGAGGCAGCAUGCCAAAGAGGUAGAAGGCCACGUUUGCGAGCUGACGAAGCAACUUCAGCUAGCCAAGGAGAACCAAGACUCUGCAGCGGAAAGGUUCCUUGAGUUGGAGCAACAACUAGCCCACGAGCGCGCGCAAGUGAGUCACCUGCGUCACGUCAACAAAGAAAUCGAUCAGACCUGUCAAAAUCAACGGCAAAUCCACGAAGAAGAGAAGCGGCGACUUGCUGAGUUGCAAGCUGCAGCACAAACCCGAGCGGAGCAACAGAUUCAACUACGGCAUGAGCAAGAAUUGGAAAAGCUGCAUGAUCGAGUGCGCCAGGCGAUCGCAACCAAGUCGGACAUCAUCACGCGGUUGGAAACCCAAGUCGCGGAUGCCCUGUCGCGAGCCGAGUCGUCAGAAGCGGUUUUGAUGCAGCUCAAUUCGGACAUUCAGAGCUGCGGAUCGCUCAGUCAAGCGCCGUGCAAAGAAGCUUUUCAGCUAAAUUUAUCGUAACCAUAACAACCAAAGGGAUGAGUUUUCGGCGGCA